AUGGCAGUCAAAUGGAUUGGUGGACAUUCGUCCUCUAUAUUGUGCUUGAACGUUAACACGGAAGGGCUGGUGGCUUCAGGUGCGGAGAGAGGUGAGCUCACGCUCUGGGAUGGAGGAGGCACUCCGACAGGACAGCUCCAGCUCCCAAAGGCGGAUGAUGUGACCUCCGUGGUGUUCUCUCCCCGCCAUCCCACCAGGCUAUACACCUCCCACGGAGAAACUAUCAGUUUGCUGGAUGUCCGAUCCCUCAAGGAGCCCAUUGAACGCUUCCACGUGAAUGAGGAGGAGAUCAACUGCCUCUCAGUGAAUGAGACCGACAAUUUCUUGGCUGCAGCAGAUGACUCGGGGGCAAUAAAGGUUAUGGACUUGGAAAACAAGAAAGUCAGCCGGUCCUUGAGACACUCAAACAUCUGCUCCUCUGUUGUCUUUCGACCUCAGAGGCCUCAAAGCCUUGUUUCCUGUGGACUGGACAUGCAGGUUAUGCUGUGGAACCUGCAGAAAGCUCGCCCCUUGUGGACCACAAACCUGCAGGAGUGUGAAAUGGAGGAAGACAGCCCCCAGUCAGCUGGCCAGUUCUUUAACCCACCGCUUGCACAUUCCCUGUCUGUCGCAUCAUGCGGCAACAUCUUUGGCUGCGGAGCUCAAGACGGUAAAAUCAGAAUAUUCAGAGUCACCGGUGUCAAGUUUGAACGUGAGCUGGAGUUUCAAGGUCACAGCUUGGGAGUAUCGCAGGUCCUCUUUAUGCCAGAAGCGUACUGGUUGUUGACUGGAGGAAACGACGGGAAAGUCUUGCUCUGGGAUGUCAGCAGUGAUGUUGGAAAGCAGCAGAAAAGUCCAGCAAAAUCUCUGCAGAGAAGGAAAACCCAAGCACCUGCUUCCACCAGAAAAGAUGGAAAGCUCAACAAAGUGGCUUCAAAUGAACACGCUAGAGUUUUACCAAAGCUAACCAUUGAGCACGGCGAGAAGGUGAACUGGAUCUCGUGCGCAGAGAUCAAAGGUUCCAAGAGAGUAUUAGUUGCUGAUCAGAGUAGUUCUGUAUCUGUGUAUCCAUUGCCAGAACCUUAG